UAUCCCGCAAAACACGUGCGAGCGGAAAUGUAAAGCGCUCCAAUUUCCUCACAUUUCGCUCCAAUUUUGACCCUUCAAUCUAUAAAAAUUUUCCCGAGAAAAUCUUUCAAAUUUUCCUAGCGAGAAAGAAAGUGAGGGAAAAUCGGAGAUAGAAGAUAAUAAUGCAUUCAUUAAGCCUCAAAGUCUGCAGUGAUUGCUGUCCAGGGACGACGAGAACGUGUUUUCCGGGUCGACGGAGCUUCAGCGUCGUGAAUUUGGAGGUCCGGAACUUGAGAGUCGGUUCGGAGCGUUGGGAUUUCAGGAAAUCGGGUCGGGUCGUGGCGUGCGCCGCAGAGAGGAGCGGGGGGAACGGGUGGAGUGGAACUCCGAGUUCGAGUCCGAGUUCCGGUGCGGGCCAGAAACCGAGUUCGUUUUUGUCUCGGACUCAGAGCUGGGCUUUGUUGAAGCAGCAAAUGGAGGUCGCGGCGAAAUCCGAGGAUUAUGAAGAGGCGGCGAGGAUAAGGGACUCGUUGAAGUUGCUGGAAGAAGAAGAGCCGGUUUUGUGGCUCCGAAGAAGGAUUAAGGAGGCAAUUGCUGAAGAGAGAUUUGAGGAGGCCGCGAAAUAUCGAGAUGAGCUAAAGGAAAUUGCCCCUUACUCUUUCUUGAAAUGUUCAAGUGAUGCAACAACUUUGGGUAUUCGUGUUCAAGUUAGGAGCGUGUACAUAGAGGGCAGAAGUCAGCCUUUGAAGGGGCAACACUUCUUUGCAUAUAGAAUACGAAUUACCAAUAACUCAGAUCGCCCUGUUCAACUUCUUAGAAGGCAUUGGAUUAUCACAGAUGCCAAUGGAAAAUCCGAAAAUGUGUGGGGGAUUGGUGUUAUUGGUGAACAGCCAGUUAUUCUUCCUCAAACGAGUUUUGAAUACUCAUCAGCAUGUCCAUUAAGCACUCCUAAUGGCAGAAUGGAGGGUGAAUUUGAGAUGAAACACAUCAAUAGGGUAAGUUCACAAGCGUUUAACGUGGCUAUUGCCCCCUUUUCCCUCUCGAUAUUAGGAGACGACGUUGACACCUUAUUUUGAUAAGUGAGUUGUGGCAUCCCUUUAGAGGGCAGCGGAAUUUCAUGAAAAAUUAUUCUGUGUUUUAUUCAGUAAUCUCAAGUGUAAAUGAUUAAUUUGUAAAGAUGAAAGUUUAGGUUUUGUGACAGUUUUGUGAGGGAAUAUGUUUGUGUAAGAUUCUCAGUAGCCUAGAGGUUGGAUGCAUGCAAGUAGUUUGAAAUCCAAGCUUAGCUAUUUAGUGGGACUUAUGUGAUGGUCAUUCUUCAUUGGCAUCGUACGCUUGAUCUUUCUUAACGUUUCGGUUGCAUGGUGCAUGACGUGAACACGAAAGUGCUGAGUAUGUUCGAUGAAAUGCAGGAUGAAGAACCAGAUUUGUUCGUUAUGCAAUGUCGAAUUUAAUUGUUCAUAUGGUGUCACGUAUGUGUGAAGUUGUUAAUCCUAAUAUGUUAAUUUGUGUUUGAUUUGUAGUGUUGUCUUGAAACUUCUACUGAACUGAAAUUUGAAAACAGUCCCCAUCGGUUUC